AUGGUGAAGAAGAUCUCAGAAGAAAGUGUAGAUAGCGGCGUCGGUCGCGGCAGCAGUCAGUCAGGGAGCGAACGGGAGAUAGAAGUACCCCGUGGUUCAGAGACGUCAGCACCUGUAGCGAUCCCUGACAGUGAGGACCUCCAGCGCCGCAAGGAAGAGGCCCGCAGGAAACGCCGCAGAAAGAAGCGUUCUGGCAGCUCCGUGGUCACAUCAUGUUUCCAAGACCUGUACAAGUUAACGGGCGAGGUUCUCGGUGAGGGAGCAUAUGCUUCGGUACAAACAUGCGUGAACAUAUACACGGGGCAAGAGUUCGCUGUGAAGAUCAUCGACAAAGUGCCGGGGCACGCCCGCGCCCGGGUUUUCAGGGAAGUGGAGACAUUCCACUAUUGUCAGGGCCAUCCCAACAUAAUCCAGCUCAUUGAAUUCUUUGAGGACACCGACAAGUUUUACCUUGUCUUCGAAAAGAUCAACGGCGGUCAGUUGCUCGGGCGCAUACAAGAGCACCAUUACUUCUCUGAACCGCAAGCUGCAGAAAUUGUACGCGAAAUUGCGAAUGCGUUGCAUUUCCUUCACGGAAAAGGCGUGGCCCACCGCGACCUGAAGCCGGAGAACAUUCUAUGCGUCUACCGAGAUAGGCUCUGCCCGGUGAAGAUAUGCGACUUUGAUCUCGGUAGUGGCAUCAGCUUCACCUCAAGCCUGUCCAGUCCACUGGCAACGCCGCAGCUUAUGACGCCGGUUGGCAGUGCCGAAUUCAUGGCGCCUGAGGUGGUAUCUCUAUUCGCUGGGUCGGCCGCAACGCAUUACGACAAGCGAUGUGAUCUGUGGUCGUUGGGGGUGAUCGCAUAUAUUUUGCUCUGCGGUUACCCUCCAUUUCGGGCAAAUUGCGGUGCUGAUUGUGGGUGGGAGAGGGGGGAGAAUUGCCGUGCGUGUCAGGAUUUGCUCUUCACUUCUAUACAGGAGGGCAGAUAUACAUUCCCCGAAGAGGAAUGGUCGGAGAUAUCGCUUGAUGCCAAGGACCUUAUCCAGCAACUGUUGGUCCGAGAGGCAUCUCAUCGGCUAAGUGCUGAGAGAGUUUUGAAGCAUCCAUGGCUUCGACGAGCUGAUUCCGCUCACUACCCACCACUGCAGACACCCAUUAAUAUCAAGCGCAACCUAUCAGCGCGCAACCUGUCAAACUUCGCGGAGUCAGCAAUGGCGGUGAACCGUGUGAUUCAACAGCACUUCUCUAUGAACUACUCUUACAUGGAGCGUCCUACACUUCGCGGUACCAAGUCCUGCAACCCUGCCGCCAACCAGAUAAUCGAGGAGCUGCAGAACAUGACGGUGGCCGAUAGAUGCGGGGACUACUGUGCCCCCUUUGGCCUGUCUCCUCCGACCGAAUCGCAGUUAUUGCGUCGUCGGCUUCAGGCCGACAAACCCCUUCCUGUGCAUUAG